CGUAAGUGUUGUUUGCUCGUAAGUUACCGUAAUUUGUUCGAGAUUUUUUAAGGAAAAAAUAAUAAAACAUUUUGAAAGAAUUGUGGAAAAAAAAUAAAUAGCGGGAAAAAUUUUAUUUAACGAGAAAAAAUGUCGAUAACAGCGGGAGCAUGGGUAAAGUUUUUCAACGCAUCAGGUAUACCAUCUCCUGCGGCGGCCUCUUAUGCCCACAUAUUUGUAGAAAACCGGAUACAGAUCGAUAUGUUAAUGGAUUUGAAUAAAGACUAUCUCCGAGAAAUGGGCAUAUCACGUAUGGGCGAUAUCAUAGCUAUAUUAAGACAUGCAAAGACCGUUAAUGAGCAGACAGCCAGAGAAAAAGUGCUAAGCUCCGAUAAUUCUAUACCUGUAGCUGCUAUACCUGCCAACCCAGUCUCGCCUCACAAUGAAGAAAUUCAAAUGAAAUGUAAAUCUUUUAAACCUUAUCUUCUUUUCUCUUUUAAUGUGUUUUAUUUAGCGACUUCAGUGGCCACUUCAGCUGCGGUAGUAAAUCCUUUGCCUUUCGUCACAAAACCGCGGAGGGUUCUACCGGAGCACGAGGGUAAAUAUAAAAUUAAAUUGCCUACUGGAUCAACUGAAAGGAGUAAGGCCUUACUAGCACAAGCCAAAUUAUAUUCAGAUCGUGAAAUCGCAAAGGAGAAGAGCGAUGUAUUUCAAAGGCUAGCAACAAAUUCCAAAUCUAGCAUAGAAGUGGAGAAUACUGCAAGCAAUACUUCCAAUACCUUGGAACAUAUUAAAAUACAUAUAACUGGCUUGGGAAAUAAAAGAAUUUCAAAUUCGACAUCGAUAUUUUCGCGUUUAGGUGGUAAAACCGAAGAAUCCAUGAUGGUGCCAAAAGAAAUUAAACCUAUACUGAAGAAGACAGCAAAGAACCGUCUGUCUACCAUUGUCAAGGCAAAGGGGGUAACACCUACAACAAUUGUUAAACCUAUCAAGCAGAAAGUUUUAUUGGUAAAAAAGGUUCCUGUGAAAAAGGACAGUGAUGAUGAAGUUAUUAGUGAAAUGGAAUCAGAAGCCGAAGUAUUUGAGGAGAGCCAUAGCACUGAGUUUCCUGGAGCCAGCGAGAAAAUUGUGAAAUUCGCCUCCAUAGCAGAAGUUCGAGAAAUCGCUCCUAGAAGAAAAUACAGUUCACCUACGCAUAAUGCAGCAUACAAAAAUAGGCUGAACGGAGAGCAGACACUCAACGUUAAAUCUCGUUUGGGCUUAACCAAUUUACACGCCAUCAAGAAGCCUGCUAAACUAAAAAAUUCAACGCUCUCUAAAAUGAAAUACUUCCCGAAAAUGAAGGCUGAUUUAGUUUCAAAACAGAAAGAUCUACCCAUAUAUAAACGUUUAGGUUUUAAUACUAAUGUAAAAGCGUCCAAUUCUAAUAACGCCAGCGUAGCAAGCAUUUCUACACGGUUAAGCAAGGUCAAUGUCUCCCCUCCGUCGUCAUUUUCGUCAUCAAGGAAUGCAAAAUCUGUUUUCGAUAGACUAGGCUAUACAAGAUAAAUUGUUCUUAUUCUUCUCUUUCUAAUAAUAAUGAAUGAAUGAUAGAAAUGGCCACUGUAACGUAGUUUUUUAUAGUUUUUUUCUCCUGCACGAAAAGCUGGAUAAUAUAUAAGCGUAUAAAAUUCUCGAUAAUUUUGCAUGUAUUGUAUCACUUUAAGGAAUAAGCGCAUAUUCGUUCUCAAUAAUUCAACAGGUCUUUGUA